AUGUGGCCCUACCUUGACCAGGUUGCCAGACCACGAAACCAAACUUGUAACGCUGGCUCGGCAACUUCUCCACAGCGUCGGGGACUCCAGAUGAGUCAUCGUGGGCUUCCGCACAGGAUUCGCUAUGGCUUGCUCUCAGACAAGGAAUCGAACAUCGAACUGGGCCGAGCUGCAAGAAGAGCUUUGUUGGCAGUGCCUUUCAUUGGCAAAGAUUGCCCUUCAGCAGCCUCAGAGUUCUCUCAUCCAGACGUAGCUAUCGGGCUCACAAUCUUCUCCUACCACUUCGAAGGCAUGAGAAUGCAGGACUUUGUGCUCCUUUUGAAGUUGCUGCGAGCUGAGAUGGAGGAGGAGAGAGGUCCUUUUGCCAGGAGGCCAACUUGCCUUCGCUGGGUUUCAUGGGUGAAGGAUGCUGGGGGACGUGUCACUGGAUUCAGUUGGGGUGGCAGGCUCCUGGCUGAUAUGCCAAAGGACGAAGUGCGCCUUGAUGCCCCUCCACCUGAUCAAGUUGCACUCGAGGAUGGGCUUGAGGAGCUUCGUGGGAAUGUGUGGCCACUUGAGAGAGUCAGCCUGAAGGACAAGCAACAGGUGCACAUUCUUUGGAGAUUGUUGCGCUGCUCUGCUGGGGCUGUGCGGCACUACUUGUAUGAGCAUGUGUUUCCUGGCGUGAUGGGUUUGAGUGAUUCACUACUAUCAUGCACUGCCCAGGAGCUUGGAAGCAGCGUGCUUUUCCGCCGGAGGCUCGGAUUCAGUGGAACGCCUUCAGAGGUGUUGCCCGCCAGCAUGGGCAUAAUCCACUACGAGCACGGGUGCGACGCCAAAAUCCUGAGUACACUGCUCAAUUCAAAGGUCGUCACUAGAACGGAGACAUUGCCAUUUGGGUGGGACCCAGUGUGGCUUCUAAAAAGAGCCUCGCAGGGCGACUUUCAUGCGCUGAUCGAUGCUGGAGCACUAAUAGUUGGCUUCUCAAAUCUCGCUGCAGAGUGCUCAGAGUCGCUCCCUAUGUCCUUCCUGGGUGUCGUCUUCCUGAAUGAAGCAGAUGAGACCGUCGUGUUGCUCCGUGAUGCACGCAUUCUCCCGCUUUCUGAAUGUGGGCUUUCAUCGGCACAGAGGUUUACGUUUUACGAUCAUGUCCACACUACUGGGCUUGAUGUGCCACAAGCUCCGUACGCCCGCGCCGCUUUGACACUUGGCAAAGACAUGCUGUGGAGAGAUUAUGCGCAGGCUGCCUUCAGAAUGCGGGGUCUUGGCCCAGGGGUGCCGGUCACAGGUUGGUUCCUCCAGAGAUACGCUACUUGA